AUGGAAGAAGAAAGGUUGGAUGAGCGAGAGAAUGAAAAAGGAGAGGCUCUUGCUCAAGUUGCUCCGAAUGUUUGGAGUAGUCAAGAAAGAAGGCGGGACCAGUUGCCGAGAGUUGUAAGUGAAAGCCUCGUUUCAACGGUAGUUGUAGUAGGCGAAGAGAAACGACCACCUGAAGGCAUACUAAAAGAAGCUGUGGAGGAAAGGGAUGUGGAGUUUGAAUCGGAAAAGAAGAAAGACGCAGCCGAGGAGCACUUGGAGGUCGUGUUCGAUGCUGAUGACAUCCCAACGCCUCGAGCCCUAAUGAAGGUCGACAAAGCGGUCAGCACCAAUGACACUCUCGAGGAUUUGCAACGAGCUCUCACCUAUGAGGUUAUUUUCAGCACAUUGCUGGAGAAGAAAGUAAUGGCCAUCAAGAGAGAGUGUGAAGAGCGUAAACGUGCAAAGCGCAUGAAACGCAAAUCGAUCGGUCGGAUUUUCUUCAGUCGUAAACUAUUCGGCGGCUCGCGCAAGGGACGUGGAGAUAGCGAGCCUGACGUGUUCAUGCGCGGCGAUUUUGGCGCAAUGAUUGCAUCACCAACGACAUUUCGUACCCCAAAGACUGCCAGAAAACCGAGUGGGCGUGUGGCCGGGCGACAGGUCGGCGAUGAAAUUGAAGUUGUCUCAUCCGCAUCGAAUGGCAGUCACCGGUCGCAGUUAGCACGUACAAUACUCACGAAGACACAGAAGGUUAAAACAAGGCUGAGCACUGCCCCCACUGCCCAUAGCGGACAGACCGCUGAGGACAGUGUUACUAGCACGCUUAGUAACUCCUCGGACAAGCCUGAUGUAAGCGUUGGCGAUAGUGGUGGUGGUGGGGGUGGUGCUGGUGGUGGUGUUGGUGUUGGUCAACCGGUGGUGAAGCGCAGCUUAUUGGUACGCGCUCAAACGCAUACUCCGGCUGAAAUAAUGACGUCGAGUUCAGGCUCUGGAGAUUCAAGAGCGGCCAUGCACAGGCAUUCACUUUCAGUAAUUAAUGGUAAUGGUAAUGGAAAUGGUGGUAUGGGUGGAUUGCCUGCCUCACUGUUGGAACGCACUUAUGAUACGACGUCACUGGCCAGCGGCUAUGAGAAUGGCACUGGUGCACGACUGCACACCUCGACAAUGGCUGACGAUAGUCUAACUUCGUUACGUGACAGCAUCGAGAGUUUGUCGUUUGGUAGCUCGCGUUGCACUGUAAGUUUUGGUGGCGCUGAGAUCAUACCAGAGGAAACUGCCUCACUUUUGUACGAGCGUGCACGCAUUGCCAAACGUUUGCGUGUAUUGGAAGCGAAAUCCAUUAGCGCACAAUGCAGUCCCAUACUGCCACGACAUUUGGUCGCAACAAUAGCAGCUCCGGAGCCGAAGCCACCAUUGGCGCAAGCAACUGUGAGUAUUGAAAAUGAUAAGGUCUCCACCUCGGCUAAACAUAGAAUCACGCCCACCACUGCCGUUCCCUACACCGCAUCGUCCAAAGCUGCCAUCUGUACCACCGCUGGCGGCAGCGUUAUACCAACAAUCCCCACCAGCAAUAAAAUUACCCAAACAAAGCAACACAUCUUUCGCCACCAAGUGUCUUAUACGGACAGCACUUAUGGUGGAGCAGGUGACUUUGGCGAUGCAUCAGCCUAUUCACGGUACAUCUCACGGCAGAAUACUUCCGAGGAGAGCGCAAAUUUGACUGUCAGCACAUUGUUGAAUCAGAGCGACUCAUUAUCGCUGCAUGCACCCAUCUGCUCGCCCACCACAUCCUUCACCGGUGGUGGUGGAGUUGGUGCUGGUGCCUUCAUGUUAGGUGAUCGCUUCAAAUCGAAGAGUACAAGUCUGUUAGUGGUCGGCGGCAAUGGUCGCAUUCGUCCACCACCGCUGCCACCACAAUUAUUGCGCGCCCCCUACGCGCCGGCUACCAUGCCGGUUACUGAUGAUGGCUUUGUAAGUGGGACAAUGCCGAGCAAUAUUAGUCAUAGUGAACAAUUAGUAGAUAGUAUAAAUAAAAAUGCAUUCGCUUCCUCUGGCGCCGCACAGCCAGAAAUAUCAUCUAACGCACAAAAGCCAAUAUCCUCGCACCCCACAACUAUCGCUACGACUACUCCUGCUACUGCAACUGCAAUGUCUUCACAGUUAUCAUCGCCUCCUCCUACACUCUACUAUGCCGCUAAUGCGCCUGGCACAUUGGAGACCACUACGGCUGUUAUAGCGUUGAACGGCUCUGGUUUUCGGAAUGGCGCCAUCAAUGGGGUUAUUGUGGCCGGAUCAGCGGUGCCUGCGGAUACGGCUAAGUUGAAUCGCAUGACUUCUACAUCGACCGGCUCCAGUGUGGCGCCGACCGGCUGCUGCACCACAACGAAAUCCUCUUCACGCGAUCGCGAGAAAGACAAGCAACGCUUCAAGCCCAGCUGGCCGUCAGGGCAAAGCGGCAGCGACGAUGAGUAUCGAAAGCGCAAACGAAAAUAUAAACGUUACCACAGAUGUUCAGACCCCGUUCUAGUAUAUCCAACGCCAAGUGGAUUACAACACUGCAUACUUAGUAUGCCACCUAAUGAACCUGUUCAACUGCAGUACAAUGAUGAUUUUGCUUACGACAUGCAAAUCCAAAUGGAGUCCGACAAAAACGACGACCUUGAAGAAAUAGUUCCAAGCAGCCAUCGCCGACAUCGAAGACAUCGUCAUCAUCGCCACAAAAAACGACAUCGUCAUAAAAAACCAAAAAUUCUUGUGCAGGAUCUGGAAACGCGUGUUGUCAAGGUGGUCGAUCCCGAUGAUCUCUCGCAGCGGGCGCGCUGGACAAUAAUUGUAACAGCGUGCCUGCUGCUAAUCAUGUGCCUCAUGUUGGUGGGCAUAACGUUGCGCAUGGCGCCACUCAUCGAUGACAUGGGUAAGUGGCAAGUUUUAGUGCAACUAAAUUCUAUUUUUUAAUUCCGUUAUUAUUCUUAUAACUACUUUAUAUGUGUAUAUGAACGUCUUCUCUUCUACUGCUACCCCUGUUUCGCCGGCCUGAAAUUAUGGAAUGUGUCCAUCGUCCGCUUUAUGCUGUGUCCCACUGCCGAUGCCAUUCAUCAAUGUGUGUUUCUGUCAGUCUGUUCCUGUCCCGAUCCACCAGUACGCGGCAAAGCCACGCUGCUUCAGCUGCUAACUUCGAGGCCAAUGGGAAAUCUCUCAGCGAGUACAGCGGCUGCUUCGGCGAAAAUUGUAGGAUGGGACCUACACACUCUGACAAUGGCUAACCUGUGUGCCACUAGCAGCUCUCGGGUGUUCGGUUUAUUCAGCACAGCUGCUGCCCAAAAUCGGGGCUGCAUAAAACAUUACGCAAAGUGA